AUGGGAUUCCAAACUAAGCCUACCGUCCUAAAAAACAUGCACCGACGCAAAACACAGUUUUUUGACAACACCUUCAAUCGUAAGGAACCUGUUGAGCUUCUAAAUAAGAACUGGCGGAACAGCGUGUGCUCGUGGGGUCCCGGGAGUUUUCCCUUUGUACUCACAUUAAUGACACUUACGGGUACCCUUGUGGCCUCUCACAUGAUCCCCAUAAUGCAAGUUCGCUCUUAUUUACUAGACAAAACGUUUCAAACAAUAAGUGAGCUCAAUAGGACAGGUGUGACUGACUAUGCGCCGAUGUUUAUGCAGGAAAAUUGGCCUGUGUACAGUUACGCGGAAGGUGUUGACCAGAUUAUGGAUCUUGUUGAGAAAUCGCUUCAGCAAAUUCGGAAUGACUCGGACGCACAAAAGACCGUUAUGUCAGAAAGAAGGCGACUUGCUGUCUACUGGCGCGACUGCUCCACAUACUACCCCAUCCUCAUUACCCUCCUGCUCGUAUCGCUCUCGAUGCAUCUGGUUCUUCGGUGCCAUCCGAUGUGGCGUGAGGCCUCCCUCCUCACGCCCUACUUUGGAUUGAUCGUUUUCCACUGUGCAAUUAUGAUUCUGCAGUUGGCUACGUUGUUCUCCAAUGUGAAGAUGCAUCGCGCGGUAAACAAGCUAUUCAAGAACGUUAGUGUUACCCGCUAUGAAGAGAUCGGCGCUGGCAUGACCAUACCGAUGGUGGUUCCGCUUACCUUCUGCAUCGCCCCGCCAGCCAACUUCUCAACCAUAUACCUUCUAACACUCUUCACAAAUGCCCUCACCAUCUUCGUAUUUUUAGAUGCCAUGGAUUCGGACUCUUAG